CAAAACUUUUUAAAACCGAAGCAGAUAGUUAUGUGAUUAUUAAAUCAAAGUUUUUGACACAUUGUGUUAAACAGCAAUCCCUUACUGUAAACAAAGUGUCACAACACCCUCGGUCUUCUCUGCAACAAUUUAGACUGAGCCUGCGUCACAACUUGCACGCCACCCAUGCUAAAUUCUUUGUGAUAUUAGUAAUUUCCAAUACUAUUUAGGGCAGAUAGGAUGGAUAGUAUGCACAUUGGGACGCAAGAUAAGGCUUCUUUUUAGGAGUAACCGACUCGACAGUAAGAACUUCCUGAAGAUUCAGGCGCCUCUUUCACUUUCAGUUCAGACGAUUAUUACCAUUACCAAGUGGCUAAACGGACUGCAAGGACAGAUAAGCAUGUGUUCGUGGUGUUUUCAUAUCAUAGUUAUGGAAUAUCUAUGGGGGAACAAUGACGUUCAGGAGAUAUUUCAGACCUUGUCUGUUGGGUUCUGAUUGUGACUGCUGGCUUUGAGACAAGGCUGAGUACCACUAUGAGCACUCCCCAGUUGAUCCUAAAACAGCGAGCAGAGCUUCUGGCGGUCCUGUGUGGUGGAGGCAGUGCCGAACCUCUGGACUGUGUUCUGGACCUGCUCCUGGCUUGGGAGGUUCUUGUCUGGGAGGAUUACCUAAGCAUACAAGUGGCAGAGAAAGCUCUAAAUUACAAAGUCAGGCAACUUUUAGAUGUGGUAUAUGAUAAAGGAGAAGAUGCAUGCAGCUGUCUCUUGGCUGCGAUGAACCAGGUCUUACCUGAGGAGCAGAAGGCUGGGCUGUGUUUUGGGGAAGAAUGUGCUGUGGUGGGCAAGAACAGACCAGACACUGCAACUUUAACGUUACUGGCUGACAGGCCAGUGUUAGUGAGAAAGCUCAGAGAUAAUAUUGACGGAGCAUUGAAUGUUUUACUAACAACUGACUGCUUCACCAUUAAAGAUUGUGAUGUGGUGCAGCUACCUGUAUACACACCCUCACAGCAGGUUCGGAGGCUGUUAGACCAAGUCAGGUUUAAAGGGGAAACUGCUGCAAAGACCUUACUACAGUUUCUAGAGCAAACAGAGACAACCAGACCAAACCCUGAAGAUAAAGAAAAUCAUCCUUCUGCCAAUUGUAUGCUUUACCAGAAGAAGCUGCGAAGCUCUGUUGCUGCCCAGUCCCAUACCCUUAGCACCUAUGGCGGGACAGGACAUUUCUCCUUGGAUGACAUUUACACCGAUGGACUUCUCGAAGUAAUGGAUGGCUCUGGUGAAACUACUACACUAGGGCUGGAGGAUGUGGUGGGUCCCGUGGGGACUCUUAAUGAUGAUGCUGACACCUUUCUUGUGUCUGGGGAGGCAGGAAGUGGCAAAAGCACACUGCUUCAGCGACUGCACUUGCUCUGGGCAAGAGAAGCUUUGCUCACAAACAUUUUCCUGCUGUUCCCCUUCAGUUGCCGCAAGCUGAACGCAGAGCACAGAGAGCUGUCUCUGAAAGAGCUCCUCUUCCUGCACUGCUGCUGGCCUGAUCGAGGUCAGGAUGAGGUUUUCCAGUUCAUCCUAGACCAUCCUAAUUUGGUCCUCUUUACUUUUGAUGGGCUCGAUGAGUUUAAGCAGGGUUUCACUGAUGAAGAACGCCACUGCUGCCCCACAAAGCAAGUGCCUAUACCUGUUUUGCUUUUCAAUCUGUUGCAGGGUACGCUAAUGAAGGGCGUUAUGAAGGUGGUCACUAGCAGGCCACAGGCUGUGGGCCCAUCACUGAAGCGCUAUCUCCGCAAAGAAGUGCUUCUGAAGGGUUUUUCUCCUGGAGGUAUUGAUUGCUUUGUUAAGAAACAUCACAGUGACCCUGCUAUGGCUAGACGUGUCAUAGAGUCCCUCCAGGCUAACUCGGUUUUGUUAAGUCUUUGCCACAUCCCGGUCUUCUGCUGGAUUGUGACCAAGUGCCACCAGGAGCUUCUGGGUAGCCAAGAUGGUAUUCCCCAGACCAUCACUGAUGUCUACCUCCUGGUCUUACAGCAUUUCUUCCAGCGAAAGUCAUAUCAGCCCCAAGGAGUCCUGGGAAAGGCCUGGUUGGAGGAACAUUUGGAUACAGUGUUAAAACUUGGACAGUUGGCAUUGGAAAGUCUGGAAGCCUCUUGUUAUGUGUUCUCAGGAUAUGAGCUGCAAAGAAUUGGGCUCACAGAACAGGAUGUUAGCAUGGGGUUCCUCAUUUACUGCAAUGACCUGUCUGUUACAGACUGUAAACGCUAUGAAUUUCUGCACAUCACCUUACAAUGCUUCUUCGCUGCUUUCUAUCUCGUUCUCAAUCGUAACAGCGAUCGUUCUGCUAUCUACAGACUCUUUCAGCCCAAGAACAAGCAGUUGUCGGGCCUGUCUCAAAGAUGUCUGGGACACUGUAUCGACAGUUCUGUAGAGGGGGUGAAGUCCCAUGUGACAGAGACACCAAACCUCCAGAUUACAGCUCAGUUUGUGUCAGGACUUUUAUCUCAGCGGCACCAUAAUCUCUUGCAGGAAUGCUGUCCUACUGCUGUGCGGGAACGCAAGGCCAAGCAGGUAGUUAAGUCUUUGUCUAAAGGCAUGCAGAGACAUUUCAAGUCCAUUCCUCGUCCUGUAGAGGGUGAAAAGAAGAGCAUGCAUGCCAUGCCAAGUUUUGUUUGGCUAAUUAAGUGUAUUUAUGAGAUGCAAGACAGCAGUAUUGCUCAAGAUACCAUGGCUAAGUUGGACGUUGAGCACCUGAAGCUCACCUACUGUAACAUUGGACCAGUGGAAUGUACUGCUCUGGCGUAUGUGCUGAAGUACCUGCGGAAUCCUGUUGGGCUCCAGUUGGACAACAAUUCAGUAGGAGAUGUGGGCGUGGAGCAGCUUCUUCCAUGUCUACAUAUUUGUCACUCCCUUUAUUUAAGGAACAAUAACAUAUCAGAUGAAGGAAUCCGGAAACUUCUGGAAAAGGGAAUGAAGUGUGAAAGAUUCCAAAAAAUAGCGCUUUUCAACAACAACCUCACAGAUGCUUGCACCCAACACUUUGCUUGGCUGUUAAAAUCAAAGCAGAACUUCCUGUCUUUGAGACUUGGAAAUAAUAACAUCACAUCACAGGGAGCAGAGCAGCUGGCAGAAGGCCUAAGCAGCAACCAGUCUUUGCAGUUUCUUGGAUUAUGGGGUAAUAAAAUUGGGGACAGGGGAGCUGAGGCAUUGGCAGAUGCACUUAGAAAUAGCACAACGCUAAUAUGGCUAAGUCUGGUGGAUAAUGGUGUGGGCAGUGCAGGUGCAAGUGCUCUGGCGAAACUUAUCAGUCAGAGCAAAACUCUGGAGGAAUUGUGGCUAAAUAAAAACUGUAUCAGCAGAGAGGGGGUUGAGUGUCUAAUAGAGGCACUGAAAAUGAACUCUAGUGUUAAGGAAGUCUGGCUAAGAGGAAAUAAUCUGAGCCCAGAGGAAGAGGAGGAGCUGAGCAAGCAAGAAAGCAGAUUGACCUUCUAAAGGGCAAGACAGCUCUGUAAAGCCUGCCACCAAACUGCCAAAUCUAAUGCCCAUCAUUUUCCUUAAAAAAAAAAGAAAAAAGGACUGGACCUAACUGAGGCACACACAUAAGCACAAGGAAGGAACCAUGGCUUAGCUAGUCAAAAGUGGCUGUCUUGUAAAAUGCUUAUAUGGUGUUGAGGUAUAGCUUAAAAGCUAAAUAUCCACGGUACUACUCAGAAUGUCAGAUAGGGCUGGACAAUGUCUGAGAUCCCCUGUUACCAUUGUGUCUUAAAUCUGUAAAAGUUUCUUUGUAGUCAAAAACCUCACAAUAUUAAUAAGGAACAAACUGUAAAGCCAGUACACAAACUGAACUUCUAAAGGGGGGGCUGGUAACACAAGAAUUGUAUGGCGCUGUCCCUUGCACUGAUUCCCAGGUUACAUUUAUAAUACACAGAUAGUAUUUCAUUUUUUUUCUUCUUUUUUUGUAUUGUAUAUUCAUAAUCUAUUUAGGGGUCUGUCACUUUUAUCACAGAAUGUCAGAGUUUAUGAUGGUUUUGAAUCCUUUUGCUUUAAUUACACCUUCUAUGACUUAUAUUAAGUUGCAUAAUAACCAUGGAUUUAUUUGUUUACUUGUCUUCACACAAAAUUCAUUAAACAUUUGUUUACUGAUACAGGAGCUACCAUCUAGGAUAUGUGUAAAAAAAAAAAAAAAAGGUACUAAAUGAAUAAUGAUAAUAAUCAUUAAAUAUGCAUCCAUAUUUGCAGUAUGCAUUGCACUUUUAGACCUAAACGCUUGGAAGAACUGAAGGGAAAUAUACUGUAAUGUACAAUCUGAGAACAUUGCCAGUUCCUUAAACUCCUCAGCCAAACUACUGGAAAACCCCAAGAGGCGGGGCAAAAUAAAAGACAUCUGAAUUGACCAAUCA